UAAUCGAUCUGUCCGCCAAGCCCUCCUCGCAUUUACUCUCUCUGUCUCUCCUUAAAACCAUUUCCCAGAAACCUCUGCAGCUCUGCCAAUGUUCGAAUUCUUGCCCAACUUCAAAUUCUCUUGUUUAUGUGAAUAUUUAAAGUCGCGGGAGUUGAAGUUUCUGAUUAAUUAAUCACCAAAUUCAUACAAAUGGCGACAUCAGCAUUCAAGUCAACCACCAAGAGGGCUGCCAUCGGAGGCUCCAGCUCUGGGGAUUCUAGCCGCAGCUCCCUCCGUCGUUCCCGAAGCCUUAGCCGGUUCUCCCGACCCAUUGAGCCGGAGCCGGAGCCGGAUACUGAGACGGACUACAACAAGAAUGUGCCCAGGGGGAAGUUCGUGAACACUACGAGGGGGUCUAAGAUGCCGUUUCCGGAGAUCAGCUUAGAUGAUCUGGCGCUUGAGUUCUUCUCUUCUUCUUCGAAGAAUGACAAUGAGAGCGACGGAGGAGUGGUGGAGAGGAAUGGGAGAGAGGGGCGGUCGGUUUCUCGGCGUGCGGAGAUAGGGCGAUGGGCGAGUGAUACGGCGUCGUCUAGGAGAAGGGGACGGUCAGUGUCGAGGGCUCGCGGGAAUGUUGUUUCUAGCAACUCUGCCUCAGCCAAAAAUGUCAUUUCAUCUGAUGCGGGUUCACGGCGGAGGAGGUCUCUUUCGGUGGCCAGGUAUCAGAUUAGCGACUCUGAGAGUGAGGUAGAUCAUUCUCAGAAUUCAAGAAAUCGUGCUUAUGUGAAGGCUCCCAUUAGUGGGAGUAACCAAAUGUCAUUGGCACCAAUGGGAACAGCUUCAAACACUCGGCGGCUUGCUAGAUCUCGAAGCCACAAAGACCUCGUACAUGAUGGUUACUCUAGUCACUCUUCUGCCCUGACUGAUGAAGAAUCAAAGGAUACUCAUAUUGGGAAAAAUGGAUAUGAGAAGAUAAUCAAGACAGUUUAUGCUCAGAAGAAGGCUGAGCACCCUACUGAGAACGUUGGAAAUGGUGGAUUCUAUGAAGCAAUGCGGAAAGAACUCAGAUAUGCUGUUGAAGAAAUUCGAACUGAAUUAAAUCAAGUGCAUCAGAACAAAUCAGCAAUGGGAAGAAAUCAAACAGCUGUAGCCAGCAGUGACUGCUUGAAACCAGAAAAUUCUGAUGCUCUCCAGGACUUCUCUAGAAUCACAGAGAAAUAUGCACCCAAAUUUGAGCAGGAAAAACGAGGUCAAGCAAUCUCUAAAAUGGUCAAAGGACUUCCUCAUCCAAGAACUUCAGCUAUAGCAGAGAAGCCAUCACGAGCCAGAAAGAGAAGUAGUGACAGAAGUAGGACGUCAAAAAGAUUGAUUGAGGAGGCUGAAAGAAUCUUCGAGGACUUCCUUUCUAAUGUUGAAGAUACAGACAUAUCUUCCUUGGAUGGGGAAAGAAGUGAUGGAAGUUCGUCUUUUGGAGGGAUGAUGAAGGGCAGAGAUGCUGCAAUAAUGGAGGCUGAAACUUACAGAACUCCAGCAGGAUCAACUCCUCCUCCAGUUGAAAUGGAUGGUGUUAUUUUGCCCUGGUUGCAGUGGGAGACUAGUCCUGAUGGUUCUCUCUCCGGAAAGAACAAGACACUAACUCCUAUGACUCCCAAGACUCUAGAAUGGAAUUCAGAAAAGGAUGUGGUCCUGUUACACGACCCAAGUAGUCAUUCUGUCAGCAGUCAAGGUAGUUCAAGCCCUGCGCUUUUUAAUAGUCCAUUCAUGAAGAAAAGAGAAGAGAUAUGCAAGUCCAGAGAAGUCAGCAAUGACUGCGUGUCCUGCUUUGAUAUGGAGGAGUACCUUAACCUGCAGAACAAUGACGAACUAUUGUUUGAGAUGUAUAGAGAACGGAACAGAAUAAAUUCCGGUGGUUUACUGCUUUGUACUGGUGCCCUUUAUUAAGUUCCCAAGUUCUGUAAGACUCUUAACAAAUCACUCUGGUAUAUAGAGCUCCUUUUAUCAGA